AUGUUGGGUGCCUUGGGCUGGAUUCCCCUGUUGUUCGAGCCCUUGGCCGAUUGGUACAUUCCACCCAUCCAGCCCCAAGCCCGAUUACGGCCCGAGAACAGGCCCUGGCAAAACAUCAUCACCGGCGUAUACGGCCACCCACCCUUGCUGAAGAUCCAUGAUCGCACCGGUGAUGUGAAAUGGAGUUUUCGUCGUGAAGAUGUGCAUCAGGACUUACCUUCCGAACUGCAGCGCUGUCUGUAUGGAGGUGCCAAUGAUGCGACCGACAUGAAAUACAUGCGCGGCGGGGAGAGUGUCGCCGCCAUAUACAGUGACCUCGUCAUAGUCGUGAACCACACCCCGGAUGACCCAAUCCGCGAUAAGAAAAUCACUUGGGCUACUUGUCGCGAUAAUGAGUUUCUAUGGAACGCCCAUAGUGUCGAACCUCUCCCUAAUGACCUCCUCGCGGUCUCCACAACCGGCCAACGGCCUUGGGAUGGUAUUCUCGUGUACAACAUUAGCCUCGACAACCCCCUCGAGGACAAUCCGCCCGUCGUGCAAAACAUCACAGGUCUUCGCGCCAUCCACGGCAUGAUCUGGGAUGAGCAAGGCCAGAUGUUAUGGGCGACCGGCACCGACGCCGCCGCUGACGGCACAGACCCAAUCCCCGCCCACGGGACCAUCAUAGGCUACCCGUUCGACACGGCAACAGGUGAACUGCGCAAAGAUGACCGGUACAUCUAUCGUCUUCCAAAUGCGUACACCAUCGAGACCGAAUGGGGUAAAGGUUAUCCGUGGUGGGCCGGGCCGCACGAUCUCGUGCCCGUGCCAAAUCAGCGCAAGUUUCUCAUCUCAGAGGAUCGGGGCUUGCACGCCUUUGACAUUGAAACGGGCGAAUUCUUCGCCGAGUAUGAAGAUGUUCAGGAAAUGUACAUGAAGGGCUUUGAGGUGACGACUGAUGAUCGGCACGGUAUCAAUCAUACCGGUCACUUUGAGGAGCUACCGCAGUCAGAUCUGAAGAGUUUCAACCUGGCGCCGGAUGGCAGCUUCAUCUAUGUGCAGUCGCUCUGGACCAAGUUCCGAGGUUUCCAUACCAGCUUGGUGGUCAAUGGUGCGCGGCGCAAGAUCAACUUGGGCGAUGAGAUCUAUCGGUCGCGCUGGUUUGCUGACAUUGAUGGAUGGCCUAAGCCGAAGUAA